UUCAUGUGAUGGAGGUUUCUGAUUGGUUUUAUUUAAGGUGGGAGGGGCUAACUGCUCACAGGAACUCAACCAGAAGCAGGAAAUCAGACACAUAAGCUAGAAAAUGACAGCAGAGUCACAUUGAGGCUUCUGGCAGAAACAAGAGCUCAAAGCAAAACGGCACCAAUAAAAACACACUAAAUGUCUGGAGGAGGAAUUUACUGUGUCCUCUGAAUGUUUCCAGCUGGCCUGGAUCGGACUGCAUGAAGACGUGAACAGCUGGAGGUGGUCCAUGUCAGACCAGUAUCGGAACCAGUUCAGGAACUGGGCAGCUGGAGAACCCAACAAUAGGUUUGGCAGAGAAAGCUGUGGUGCAUUUAGUGCUGAUGGGUCCUGGUACGAUGCGUCCUGCUCUCAAACCUUAGACACGGUUUGCUUCAGUGUCAGCGGAACAAAUCCUACAUUUUACUACAGCAGCACCAAACAGAGCUGGACUGAAGCUCAGAGCUUCUGCAGACAACAUUACACAGACCUGGCCAGCGCGAGACAUCUGGCUGACAACGAGGCCGUCCAGGGUUUGGUCCAGAGAGCGGCCUGGAUGGGUCUGUACCGAGACUCCUGGAAGUGGGCGGAUGGAGGGAACUCCUCGUUCAGGAACUGGAACCGAGACGAACCCAGUAACAACGGGAAGGAGGAAUGUGCUGCUGCUAACUUUGGGAACGCCGGGAAAUGGGAGGGCUGGAGCUGCAGCAAGAAGAAAGCCUUCGUUUGUUACGCUGCGGUCCAGUCAAAGCAUCUGGUGAAACUGCAGCUGGCGUUUCCAUCGUCUGUGACUGAGGAUGACUCUGCCAUGAUGGAGGAACUUCUCAUCAAGCUGAAACAGAAGCUGAAGGACGAUGGAGUGAAAGGAAACGUCAAAGUGAGCUGGAGGAAACGACCAGACAGGAAAAUCCUCCACAAACCAGAGAAGAAGAAAGAUGAACUUUAAAUACUGGAUCAUUACAUUAUGGUGGUUUAAAGUUAAUGUUUUAUAUUUAG